AUGUCCGCAUCACCCGAUCAGAAGAUGGGUUCGCCCGCCGCAUCCCCCGAGCGCGAUGUACCCGAGAAACUUGAAGCCACGGUCGCCAGCGAUGACGCCGCGGUCGAGGAUUCCGCCGAACCCACCGCCGAGGUCAAUGGAAACGCAGAGGGAAUGGACGACGAACAAGCCGCUGGAGAUGACGAUGACGAGGAAGACAAAAUCUCAGAUGACGAGUCCAUCCUGUCCGAGGUCGACGAGGCGGAGUUCGAGAACUUUGACCCUGAGAACGUUGAUGUCGAGGACCGCCCGCAGCUCGCUAUCGACGAAGACAACUUGAAACUCAUCGGUCGCCACAAGCGCAAGCGCACUGAAGACGGUGAAAGUCGCCCACGCCGCAAAGAGGGUCGUCGCGAGAAGAAGAGCCGCCGAGCUACCGAAGAUGGCGACGAAGCUGGUCCUUCGCGCAGAAAGGAGAGGAAGCCCCGCGAAGACAAGCCCGACACGGAUGAGGAGACCCUCGAUCCAGAGACACGACGUCGCCGAGCUCUCGAUCGUGCCAUGGACGAGGCCAUGAAGAAGCCAGCCAAGAGACGUUUCCGCAAACAGGACGGCAUUGAUUUGGAAUCUGCGGCCGACGCUGAAAUCGAGGACAUGCGCAAGCGCAUGACCCAUGCGGCGCAAAUGGAUGCGAUCAAUCGCCAGGAAGGAAAGCCAGCCAUGCAUAAGCUGAAGCUCCUGCCCGAGGUCAUCAAGCUUCUCAACCGCAACCAGUACACUAAUGCCUUGGUCGACCCUGAGAUUAACCUCCUGGAGGCUGUCAGAUUCUUCCUCGAACCCCUGGACGACGGAGCGAUGCCUGCCUAUAACAUCCAGCGCGACCUUUUGACUGCCAUUACCAAGCUCCCAAUCAACAAGGAUGCUUUGAUCGCCAGUGGAAUCGGCAAGGUCAUUGUGUUCUACACCAAGAGCAAGCGCACCGAGCGCCGCAUCAAAGAGAUGGCAGAGAAGUUGCUGGCCGAGUGGACACGACCAAUUCUCCAGCGCAGCGAUGAUUACUCCAAGCGCGUCUACCAGCAGGCUGAUUACGAUCCUACCAAGAUUGUCAAGCGUGCCGGUCCCACGGAUAAGGAAAUUGAAGACGAGGCUCGCGCCCGUGAGAUGCUUCCUCCUCGCCUUAUGAAUCGUGCUCGUGUCGAUCGCACCAAUGUCAGCUACACCGUGGUUCCGCGCCAGACUGCCGUGCGUGAGAGUCAGUUCGCCCGACCCUUGGGUGCCAGCGGCGAGGAUCGCUUCCGCAAGAUGCAAGCCCGCCAGGCUGCUGCCCGCAAGGCGUCUCGCCGGUAA